AUGUCUUACGGUGGUGGUUACCAGCGCGGCGGUGGCGAUUCCUAUCGCUCCCGCAACGACAACGGCUAUUCCAACGGAAACGGCUACUCUAACGGCGGCGGCGGCGGCGGCUACGGUGGCGGUGGUGGCUACGGCGGCGGCGGUGGUGGUUACGGCGGCGGUCGUGGAGGCUUCGGUGGUGACCGCGGCGGUGACCGCAUGUCCAACCUUGGCCAGAACCUGAAGACCCAGGACUGGGACCUGAGCACUCUCCCCAAGUUCGAGAAGUCCUUCUACAAGGAGCACGAGAAUGUUUCCUCCCGCACCCAGGAGGAGGUCGAUGCCUUCCGCAAGUUGAAGGAGAUGUCCGUCAAGGGCCACGAUGUCCCCCGCCCCGUCGAGACCUUCGACGAGGCUGGUUUCCCUCAGUACGUUCUGUCUGAGGUCAAGCAGCAGGGCUUUGACCAUCCUACUGCCAUUCAGUCCCAGGGUUGGCCCAUGGCCCUCUCUGGUCGUGAUGUCGUCGGUAUCGCCGAGACCGGUUCCGGAAAGACUCUGACCUACUGUCUUCCCGCCAUUGUGCACAUCAACGCUCAGCCUCUCCUCGCUCCCGGCGAUGGCCCUAUCGUCCUUGUCCUGGCCCCCACUCGUGAGUUGGCUGUCCAGAUUCAGGCCGAGAUCACCAAGUUCGGCAAGUCCUCUCGCAUUCGCAACACCUGUGUCUACGGUGGUGUUCCCAAGGGCCCCCAAAUCCGUGACCUCUCCCGCGGUGUCGAGGUGUGCAUUGCCACCCCUGGUCGUUUGAUCGACAUGCUCGAGGCUGGCCGCACCAACCUUCGCCGCGUCACCUACCUCGUCCUCGACGAGGCUGACCGCAUGCUCGACAUGGGUUUCGAGCCCCAAAUCCGCAAGAUCAUUGGCCAGAUUCGCCCUGACCGUCAGACUUGCAUGUGGUCCGCUACCUGGCCCAAGGAGGUCCGCCAGCUGGCCUCUGACUUCCUGAACGACUACAUUCAGGUCAACAUCGGUUCCAUGGAACUGUCCGCCAACCACCGCAUCACUCAAAUUGUCGAGGUCAUGUCGGACUUCGAGAAGCGCGACCGUAUGAUCAAGCACAUGGAGAAGGUCAUGGAGGACCGCUCCAACAAGAUCCUCAUUUUCACUGGUACUAAGCGUAUCGCUGACGAGAUUACUCGCUUCCUCCGUCAGGACGGAUGGCCCGCGCUUUCCAUCCACGGUGACAAGCAGCAGAACGAGCGCGACUGGGUUCUGAAUGAAUUCAAGCAGGGCAAGAGCCCCAUCAUGGUGGCCACCGAUGUGGCUUCCCGUGGUAUCGACGUUCGUGAUAUCACUCACGUGUUGAACUACGACUACCCCAACAACUCGGAGGACUAUGUCCACCGUAUCGGCCGUACUGGUCGUGCCGGUGCCAAGGGUACCGCCAUUACCUUCUUCACCACUGAGAAUGCUAAGCAGGCUCGUGACCUUGUCACCAUCCUCACCGAGGCCAAGCAGCAGAUUGACCCCCGUCUCGCCGAGAUGGUCCGCUACGGUGGUGGCGGCGGCGGCGGCGGUGGCCGCUGGGGUGGCCGUGGCCGUGGCCGUGGUGGUUGGGGUGGUCGUGGUCGUGGUGGCGGCAGCGGCGGUAGCUACACUGGCUCCAACGCCGGUGGCCUCGGCGGCAGCCGUGGCUGGUAA